AUGGUGCCGUCUACGGUUGGAAUGACCAUUAAUACACUCCGCAUGUUGUAUGGUAGACCAGAAGUAAUUCACCAAGUAAUGCUGCGUAGGUUAAGGGAGGAACCAUCUGUAAAGCCAGACAAAUUAGAAACCUUAGUAACACUUUCAUUAGCGGUACAAAAUUAUCGCGCUACAAUGCAGGCGGUCGGUCUAAACGAUUAUCUAAAUGAUCCAGUGCCAUUAAACGAGCUGGUAGCUAAACUGCCAUGUAACCAAAGGUUGAGUUGGGGCCAGCAAUGUAUGUCCCUGAGACGCGCUGACAUUGCUGCAUUCGAUGAUUGGCUUUUCGGUCUAGCCAUGUGCGCUCGCCAGGUCACUUCCAUCCAGACAUCAGCGAUAUCAUCGUGUAAUAGCAACGUCGAAGCAAAAAAGGGAAAUCGCGAAUCACUAAAGGGCAGAAUAAUGAUUCACGAUGUGGUUGCGAAAAAUAACGAGCAGAGUGUAAAGUCGAUAAAUUGCCUGAAAUGCGGUGCGAGCCAUACGCUGUCCGAUUGCUAUGAGUUUCGUGCCCUAUCGCAAAGUGACAGAUGGAAAUUUGUACGGGAAAAUAAACUCUGUUUACGUUGCUUCAAAAGUCAUUUCAUUCGUCGAUGUAAUUCGAAAAGGUGCUGUGGCGUAGAUGAUUGUAGAAUGGCUCACCAUCCACUGCUUCACAAUGGAACUUCGUUGACGAUUGGAAAACGACAACAAGCAACAUUAUACCACGAGUUGGGCACAGAUGCUGAUAAAGAAACGCAAAGGGCGCUUUUCAGGUAUGUGGAGGUUAUUUUACAUAGCGGUACCAAAGCAAUACGUACAUUCGCACUUAUCGACGAAGUAGCCUCCUGUACGCUAAUUGAGUCUCAAUUGGCGAACGAGCUUGAUUUAGAUGGGCCAGUUGAAUCGUUAUGCUUGCGUUGGACGGGAGAAAUUACUCAAAAUGAGGCAAAUUCCAAAUUUGUCAAUCUUUACGUUUCACCGAUUACAUUACCCUCUCAAAAAUACAGGCUUCGAAACGUUCGAACCGUUGCUAAUCUACUACUUCCUCAGCAGUCGCUGUUCAGCUCUACGAUUAGUAAGCACGCACACAUUAAGGGUCUGCCGAUUCGACCCUAUAAUAAAGCAAGAGCGCGAAUUUUGAUAGGUUUGGACAACGCUAAAAUAGGAAUCCCUAUCGAAAUAAGAGAAGAUAGGGGAUCCGACCUUAUUGCCGCAAAGUGCCGACUAGGAUGGAGUGUAUAUGGGCGCGAUAAAACUAACUGCGCUGAACAACCGAGAAUAUUGCAUACCUGCGAAUGUGAUACAACCAGAGAUGAUCGUAUGGACCAGCAACUGAAAACAUAUUUUUCUAUUGAUGCCAUCGGAUCAUAUGCACCAAUUAAGCCGUUGAUAUCUAAAGAUGAUGAACGCGCUCUUCAAAUCAUGGAAAAGACCACGCGCUUUAUCUCCGCUGAAAAGAGAUGGGAAACCGGGUUACUUUGGAAGCACGAAGCUGUCGAGCUUCCCGAUUCGCUGCCUAUGGCAAUCCGGCGACUCUCGUGCUUAGAAAGUAAAAUGAAGCGUGAUUCGUCAAUUCGUCAAUUUCUUAUAAACAAAAUACAUGAUUAUGAGAAAAAAGGGUACGUAUCUAAGUUGAACAAAAACGAAAUAAAAUAUAGCGCUAGGUCUUGGUAUCUCCCUAUAUUUACUGUUCUCAAUGCCAAUAAAAAGAAAACUCGAUUGGUUUGGGAUGCUGCAGCAAGGGUAAAGGGUGUCGGGCUCAAUGAUAUGUUGCUGAAAGGGCCCGAUCUACUUAAGUCUCUAUUGUGGGUACUGCUCCGAUUUCGCGAACGACGUUUCGCAGUUUGUGGAGAUAUACGCGAAAUGUUCCACCAGAUUAAAAUUAUAAAAGAAGAUCAAGUGGCGCAAAAAUUUCUUUGGCGAAACGAUGGCUCGUCUCGCGACUAUGAUAUCUACGUGAUGAGGGUUAUGACAUUCGGCGCUUCGUGCUCGCCUUCCUUGGCGAACUACAUAAAAAAUCGUAACGCUCACCGAUUUGCUGAUCUUCAUCCCGACGCCGAACGGGCCAUCGUUAGUAACACAUUUGUUGACGAUUGGCAUCAGAGUGCAGACUCUGAAAAUGAAUUGGCUUGUCUAGCAACUAAAGUUCGUUGGGUUCAUCAGGAGGGCGGAUUCCAAAUGAGAAACUGGAAAUCUAAUUCCAAACACGUACUAUUUUCAUUAGAUGCUGACGACGUUCCAGCCGCCAAAUGUUUUGAAGAGCCAGAAGCCGUUAUAGAAAAGGUACUAGGGAUGUGGUGGCUGCCAGUUUCGGAUGAGUUAACAUACAUUGAAAAUUUUCCAAAGGAAGUUUUUAAUGAAAAUACGAUCGUGUCGAAGCGACAAAUUUUGCGCACAAUAAUGACGAUUUUCGAUCCUAUGGGUUUGCUCGGUUUUGUCAUUGUACAGGCAAAAAUUAUUUUACAAGAUGUCUGGCGCUCCGGAGUAGGUUGGGAUGAACCGAUUAAAGAAGAAGAACGUUGCAAAUGGUUUCGUUGGGUAAAACGCGUUCCUGCGAUCAACGGCAUAAGAAUUCCCCGUUGCAUUUCACUUGCCAGCGAAAACCAAAAUAAUCAGUUGCACAUUUUUGUAGAUGCAAGCAUAAAAGCCUACGCUGCGGUGGCCUACAUCCGGUCAGAAGUAGGUUCGCAAAUAUCUUGUUCACUUUUGGCUUCGAAAACUCGCGUUGCGCCAUUGAAGCCCACUUCCAUACCCAGGCUGGAGCUGUUAGCUGCUGUUUUGGGACUUAGGCUGGCAAAUGUUCUUAGCUAUGAACUGUCCAUUACAGUAAAUCGCAGAGUAUUCUGGACAGACUCCAAAAAUGUGUUGUUUUGGCUGCGAGCACAAGAAAAUACCAUCAAUUCGUGGCGCUGAGAAUCGGAGAGAUCCUCGAGAGUUCUGCUAUUAGGGAAUGGAGGUGGCUGCCAUCUGGUGAGAAUAUUGCGGACGAUGGCACUAAAUGGAGCAGCAACCGAGAAUUCGACGACAACCAACGCUGGUUCAGUGGGCCUAAAUUCCUACUAGAACGAGAGUCAAGCUGGCCAAUUAUACAAUUUCCAGAUGAUGACGAAGACACCGUUGAGGUUCUACAGCAUAUGGAUUUCGCUAACAAGAUUUAGUACAUGGGAGAAGCUUCGCAGUGCGCAUCGAUUUGUUUAACGUUUUCUACGAUUGGUUACGAAGGGAAAGCCACGUUCUCAGUUUCUUCAAAAGCUACUCAACCCAGACAACAUAGAGACAGCAGAGCUUGCAAUUAUGCUUAAUUGUCAAAGCGAGGUGUUCCAUGAAGAGAUCUGUCGUCUGCGUAAUGGUGAGGAAAUUAAUCGAAAAUCUUUUCUUUUCAAGUUCUCCCCAUACGUAGACCAGAUUGGCCUGCUGCGAGUAAAAGGUAGAAUUGAUGCUGCUGAGGGUGUUGCCAUUAAUGUCAAGCGUCCAAUAAUCCUGCCACGCAAGCACGACGUAACGCGACUACUCGUCGACUUCUAUCACAGGAAAUUUCACCACCAUCACAACGAGAUCGUCGUCAACGAGAAGAGGCAAAGGUUCUGCAUCUCCGCCUUUAGAAGGCUGGUUGUUGUUGUUUUAACAGCAUAGUUAGCCCUGUCAGUGUAAGUAUAUCAUCGGUCGUCUUCGUCUAGCUCAUCUAAGGGUAGGCCCAGGAAACAUGCUGUUUCGACAGGUUGGGUCCAGAGGGAGAGGGGGGUUAGAUGAGUCGGUUUGAGGGGGCAUGUGAAGAGGUGGUUAGUGUCGUGCGGGGUACCUUCACAUGCCGGACAUGUGUUUGGUAUGUCGGGGUCAAUUCUGGAUAAGUAGGAGUUUAACCUGCUACAAUAUCCAGAACGUAAUUGUGCCAAUGUUACACGAGUCUCACGGGGAAGCUGGAGCUCUUCAUCUGCGAUAGGUGGUGGUUGGACUCCGAUUACGGCAUUCACAGGACGGGAGUUCAUGAAGGUGGUAACGGUCUCCCGGUGAAUGUCGUUUAUUGACUGUCUAAAUACUGUCCGGUCCAGUAGGUUGGGUCAGUUUUGUCCUGGAGUUCGUCAGCGUAGUCAAGGAGGUGUCUCCUGACGUUCCUGGGAGGCGGCUCAGGCUCAAGCAGGUGUCUGCAGGGGUGAAACCUGCGGUAACACCCCAGCAGGAACUGCUUGCUGAGCAAUUUGUUGUGCUCCGCAACUGGGAGCAUUUGUGCCUCGUUGUGUAGAUGUUGGAUGGGUGACAUCAGGAGGCACCCGGUCGCUGUCCGAAUGGCGGUAUUUUGACAUGUCUGAAGCUUUGUCCACUGCGAAUCACUAGUUCCAGGCGACCAGACAGGCGCAGCAUAGUUUAGAACCGGCCGGCCAAUUGCCUUAAAUGUCGAAAGCAACAGUUCUUUGUCUUUGCCCCAAGUGCUGCCGGCCAGCGAUUUGAGGACCUUGUUGCGAUUUUGGACUUUAGUGGCAAUUGCGGUUGUAUGCGCAGAGAAGGAGAGCAAGCUGUCGAAGGUUACACCCAAAAUUUUGGGGUUAUUUACAGUCGGAAUUGGUGUGUCGUCGACUUUUACCUCAAGGGACAGCUUGACCUCCUUUGUCCAGGUGGUGAAAAGGGUCGCCAUGGACUUGGUGGGGGAAAGUUGGAGAUUCCUCGCAGUGAAAAAGCGAGAAAGGUCGGUGAGGUAGUUGUUCACUUUGGAACACAGGCCAUCGAUGUCAUUGCCCGACGCCAUUAUCGUGCAAUCGUCAGCGUAUGAGAUCAGGGAAACUCCCGCUGGUGGUUGGGGGAGUUUCGAGAUGUAGAAGUUAAAAAGCAAGGGUGAAAGGACACCACCCUUCGGUACGCCUUGCUUAAUCUUCCUCUGCUUUGAUAUUUGAUCUCGAAAAAUCACUCUUCAGCCCUGGCGGGAGUGUCGACUGAUAAACAUCAUCUAGUAGCGUGGAAUGGAUGACUGUAUCGAAAGCCUUCUUCAGGUCCAACGCUACUAGGACAGUCCUCUCGCAGGGGGGGUUUUGGUUAAGCCCGCGAUUUAUCUGGGCGUUUAUGGCGGUGAGUGCAGUGGUGGUGCUGUGCACUCGUCGGAAUCCGUGCUGAUGUGGGGCUGGGGCCAGGUGUGUCGUGUAGAGAGGGAGUAGGAGGGCUUCAAGUGUCUUCACUACUGGGGAAAGGAGAGUUAUCGGCCGAUAAGACUCCCCUUGGUUGGCGGGUUUCCCAGGUUUCAGGAGUGGGACCACUCUCCCUGCUUUCCACUUGUCAGGGAUGAUGAGAGUGGCCAGGGACAAAUUGAAGACCCUUGUGAGGUAUCCUACUCCCAGGGGUCCCAGAUGCUUCAGCAUCAGCGCGUUUAAUCCGAAGGAUGCAGUAUGAACAGCCGGCUAAAAUAGCUCGCGCAUCUCUUCGGGACCGACGAAGUACAACCGUUGAAGGUGAUAGCCAUCUUGUCGUUGUGUUUCGUCGGGUUCGACAGGGACCUAACGGUGGACCAGAGCUUACUCACACCGGAGGUGAGGUUACAAGUCUUCAGGUGCUCAACCCAUUUAGUCCGCUUAUGUUGAUUUAACAGUUGCCGGAUCUCCAAAUUGAGAUCCCUUAUGCGGGGAUCCCCGGGAUCGGCCUGGCGUAGGUGGUCACGCUCGUUCGCUAAACUGGCUGCUUCUGCUGGGAAAUGAGGACGGAUGUCCUUAUAACUUCCAGCUGGGAUGAAGCGAGCCGCAGCAGCUGUGAGCACCUUGCGGAAUGCGCGUUCGCCCACGCGCUCAUCAGUGGGGAUGGGAAGAGCGGCGAAGGUGUCCUCGGUGAAUUCCGUGAAGCCGGCCCAAUUAGCAUUUUUAAAGUUAAAAUAGGACCGGUGAUUCGCGGAAACGAAGUCGGCAGGUCUCUCAAUCGAGACGAUAAUGGGCAAGUGGUCUGAUGCAAGCGAUAGCAUAGGUCGCCACGUUAUGCUAUUUAUCAGACCCGCGCCCCCUGGUGGGGGCGUCGUCGUUCACAGUGCUGAAUGUCGAGUCGUCUAUCAGCUCUGCCAAUUGCUGUCCCCUACGAUCAUUUGGCAGGCUUGAAGGCCAAAGAUCGUGAUGCGCAUUAAAGUCACCUACAACCAAUCGGGUUUCACCUCUGAUGAGCGCACCUAUAUCAGGGUGAUAUGCUGCCGGGCAGCAGGUGACAGGGGGUAUAUACACGUUAAAUAUUUCGAGCUCGGAAUCGCCUGACCGGACAGCUAUGCCUUGACAUUCUAAGGUGCUGUCCCUGCGGUCGAUUCCUUCAUCGAUGAGACGAUACUGCACUGUGUGGUGGACUAUAAACGCUAGGCCACCACCAUUGUCUCGCUCGCGAUCGCGUCUGUGCACGUUGUAGCCAUCCCUGGUGAUCAGAGAUGACCUGGCGUGCAACUUUGUUUCUUGGACCGCAGCUAUUUUAAUACUGUGCCGGCUCAUAAAGUCAACUAUCUCGUCGACCUUACUCGUAAGUCCGUUACAGUUAAACUGGAGAAGUUUGAAGCUUCUCGGUGAGGUCUGUGUAAUCCGGGGGGUGAGGGACGCGUGGGGUUGUCUACGUUGCACCUGCUGCGCAAUCCACUGUGGUUGUUGCGGCCUGAUGGUGGUGGGCGGCCGCGCCUCCGGGGGCGGUAGUGGGUGCAGAGCUCUGCAGCAGGAGGCAACGUAGGCAGUUGUCCACUCACGGGUGGUGCGCAGGCCGGAACAUCUCCGAAAAUGGCACCAGCCACUGCAGGAAUUGCAUUGGACUGAUACCAGAUUCCGAGGUAUUGCGGUCUGACACACGGAACAGACGGUACGGGGAACCAGGAGCUGCUGGUUUGUCCCCGCACUGGGGUUGGAGCAGGAAGGGAUGGAAGGGGUUGAAGGAGAGUUGUGUUGCUCCGAUAGGCUCCUCACCGUGGAGGUAUGGGUUGUGGUGGCGGUUGGUAGUGCCGGCCUAUCAGGGGGUGUAGUAGCCGUGGAGGCAUCAGACGCCUGUUGGCGGGAGCAACACGUGGCCACAUACCGUGUGGAUCACUCCCUGUGCGACUUAAGGCCUGAACAGGUCUUAAGGUGGCUCCACCCGUUGCACUUAUUGCACCUAACCGAAGUGGAGUUCGGGUGAAGCCGUUUAUGGCAGACGCAGCAGUAGAAUACUUCUGGCCCAGGGUUGGAUUCGACUCCAGCCCUGAGGAGAAGUAUUUGGAGCAGGAUUGCUGCGAGAGUUUGCUCCUGUGACGUAAGGGGUGGGGUGAUAUACGAUACACUAGACAGGGCUAGUGUACUGGGGCGGCAGCCCUUGGUCGGGAAGAAAAACCCGAGUCAUUCCGGUAACGUAGAACCGGCUGCCAUGGGAAUGUAAGAAGGCUGGUAAAAGAAUGUGCUGCAAAAUGUCAAACCUGCCGGAACCGUAGGGCUUCUCCACAACCUCCUCAAAUGGGAGAUCUGCCAAUGGAACGUGUGUCACCUAUUACCAGGCCGUCCACCUUUACAGGGGUUGACUAUUUCGGACCAAUGGACGUUGUAAUUGGCCGCAGGCGUGAAAAGCGGUGGGGUGCUUUAUUCACAUGCCUUACCACCCGCGCAGUUCACAUUGAAAUCUCACCUACUUUAUCUACCGAGUCGUUUUUGCUGAUUUUUAAACAAUUUGUGAGUCGCCGUGGAGUACCGAAACGAAUUAUAUCGGACAACGGCACCAAUUUUCGCGGUGCUAGUGUACUUCUAGUAAAAGAAAUUGAAAGAAUAUCGUCGGAUGAUAUAGAAAGGAAAUACCCUGAAAUUGAAUGGAUUUUUAUUCCCCCCGCUUCACCACAUAUGGGAGGGUCAUGGGAGCGCAUGAUACGUUCUACGAAAUCGAUUCUAAUGGACAUUCUACCAGAUUCUGGUAUGCGAGAGGAGGUGUUAAGAGCCGUUCUAGCCGACAUCGAAAACAUUUUAAAUUCAAGGCAACUGACGUACGUGCCGCUUGAUUCAGCUGAAGAUGAAGCUCUUACGCCAAACCACUUUCUGACGGGACACUCUAGUGGUAUUCGAGAACUAACAGAUAAUACCAACUCUGGAUCGGCUCUACGGCAAAACUUUAAAAUUUCUAGCCAGUUGGCUGACUAAUUUUGGAGACGCUGGGUUAAGGAGUAUCUCCCCUGUCUUACCAGACGUGCAAAGUGGUAUCAGCCACCAGCAAACCCAAUCAAAUUGAACGACGUGGUGGUCAUCGUAGAUGAAAACUCCAAGAGAAAUUCGUGGCCGAAAGGAGUAGUAAUAGAUAUGAAUUUUGGUAAAGAUGGCCAAACUCGUAGCGCAGUAGUCAAGACAGUAAAUGGAUUAUGUACACGACCGAUAGUAAAGUUGGCGAAAUUGGACGUCGAGGUUGAAAAACGUGGGGUAAACGUCUUGCAUAAAACCGCAUAAGAUUUACGAAGGGGGGUGUUGCGAAAGGUUACUUUGGCAACCCAUUUCGCAUUUUCUCACCUCUCUGUUUUUCUCAUUCGCCAAUCAACAGCUGUCAAAGAGAACCAUGCUUUCUUUUCGAUUCUAGACGUUGACGAAAGCGCAUGGACGCGCAUAAAAACAAUUAUUUCAGCCUUUCUAAACAAACUGAGUCUUAUGUACUGCACCAGGGCUUGCUAAAAGGGAAUUUAGCCGCGUCAAACUGCCGUCGUCAACAACAGUAUUUUUGCGUAGAAUUCCUUAUCGCGUGGGCGGCCUUUGGCCGCGCUUCAAAAAAAUUACCCUCAUCAGUCCAACUCCGGAUAUGCUACGCAAUCCACCGUAUUUUUGCGUAGAACUAGUUUGUAGUUAUAAAUAGUGUUCCUUAACACCUCACUAACAUCUCCACCAAGUUUCAUUAAUAAAGACAUAAUAGUUUGCCAAAAAUUGCCCAAUAUACAUUAUUCUAAAUUCCAGCCGAGUUCUAUAAGAAUCCGCCAUAAGAUUGCGGCGCCACGGAAACAGCAGUAUUGCCUAAAACUUUCA